UCUCGAGAAAGCUAGUAGAGCAACCCAACAUGCCCCGCAUCCCCCGCCAAUCUGUCGUACGGUAGACCAUCUCUGCUUUGUUCCAAUCCGUACCAGGUGUUGCGGUCCGGAAGACCGAAUCCAUCCCUUUGCCUUCUUCUGGUGCCUCGUGGAUUGCUUGCUCGUUCCCUCACGAGCCCGCGGUUCCUCGUUGCCCACCCGACAAACCUUCCGCUCCGUUCCGACAUCGCAACGUUCGCUCGACGCAUCGGUGAUUCUCACCAAGUAACAGUCACGAGACCAAAACUAGCGCAUUCGUACGGCUUGGUCUGCUGGAGUGUAUAUUUCCACACAUAUAUAUACGCACACACAAAAAUAUAUAUACAGCGGUAGAGUUUAUACCUGUUAUCUGUGUUUGGAGAACACUCUCUCAACCAACCCCACAACACCCUCCACACAUCACAUGUGGGGAAACACGGCUACCCUUCACCGCCCGGGUGUACCGGUAAUGGUGGUGGUUGCACUGCUGCUGCUCGCCACGUUCCCGUCCACCAAGGCUUUUACAAGCCCCCGAAUUGCGAGAUGUUGGACUUGUACGCAUUGGGUACCCGUACCUUUACCGUUGCGGUCCACCAAUAACGACGACGACAACAACAACAAUCCAGAGUCGUCCUCCGCGCCACCUCCGCGCCCCCGAACCUUUCGGGAAGCUGAAGUGCUGGGGUUGCAGUGGAUGCAGGAAGGGAACUACGGUGAUGCACUCGAUGCCUUUCAAAACGGUUUGAAACUUCCGGGGAGUAAGAACGACGUGGUCCGCACCAAAAUGCUCUCCGGUCCGAGUCCAGUAGGCGGCAGUAUGGGAGGCUACGAAAGCAAACGAUCCAAUUCGUUGGACGAAUUUGAACUGCAGGCGGCACACUACAACAUGGCCUGUGCGCACGCCCAGCUGGGCAACGUGAAUGACGCCAUUGCCAAUUUGCAAACCGCGUUCGAGAACGGUUUCGAUAAUUACGCCACGGUACGUAGUGAUCCCGAUCUGGAACCCAUCCAAAAAGAAAAAGACUUUGAAACGCUCAUGGCCAAAUUCGAACCCAAGAAAGGAUUCAAUCCGUUUGGGUUUUUGGGCAAGUAA